AUAUCUUCAUUUCCAGGCGAUUUACCUUUCCUCCAGUUGUGGAAGGUCAAGAUGGUGGUUGAACAAAACUGGCCAGCUGCAAUCUUCUUACUACAAAAAGGCCCUGCAGACCCACACCGCAUCAGUGGAGGCGAUGUCUUGGGCAAUCUGGGCGGCUCUCCUCCAGUCCACGUCACCAAGUACGGGCUACGAUUACCCCCCAGUGCACAUCUGAACCGGAGUCGUGGUGCUGGUUUCAACGUGCUCGUCAUGCCAGAAAAGUGGCCCCAGACCAAGAAGGUUAACAGUGUUGUAAGGUCCUUGCCCCAGACCGGAAGGGCAGUCUGCCGUCCACCUACCUUAACCCAAAGGUAGCAAGUUACGUGAAGCCGGUCUAUGAGCCUCUUACAAGCCCUGACCUGCUCAGUCGUUGCCUUCUUGGUAAAACUCAGAAUGCCAACGAAUUGCUGCACAGCUUCAUCGGGGGCUCUCGUUGCCUUGAGGUUAUGGCGAACACCAUGUUAUGUUCGCCUCUCAUUCAAUUGGUCCCGGAUUCGUAUUCGGAUAGCGAAAGACAUUUUUCUUCUCUAAAUUGCCUCCUUUCACUUCCUUUCCUGCUCUCAAGCAAUGUUCAGGCGUCUACUUUCGUGUCCACUUUUUAACCCCACCCCUCAACUCCUUUGUACCCUCCUUUGGGCUCCUGACUCCUUCUGCAGCCUUU